GGCAACUUACAAGGCUAUAUAACUAACAGUCAAAACCAGACGGCUUAUUUUUCUUCAGCUCAAUCGUAGAUUCAAUAUGCAGGCGAGCGACAGGUUCAAUAUCAACUCACAGCUCGAACAUUUGCAAGCUAAAUAUGUCGGUACAGGGCACGCCGACUUGACUCGAUUUGAAUGGGCGGUGAAUAUCCACCGAGAUAGCUACGCCUCGUACGUUGGGCAUUAUCCGAUGCUGGCCUACUUUGCCGUCGCUGAAAACGAAUCCAUUGGGAGAGAGCGCUACAAUUUCAUGCAGCCACUGACCUGCCCAAGCCAAAGUCAGUCCGUUGACUGGUUUCAGAAAAUGCUUUUGCCUUGUGGUCUCCCUCCCGAGAGAGAAGAUGAUUGAAGGGCCUCCUGCUAUCAUUGUGGAGCUGAAACUGCACUCGGAUGUUCCCAGAGACCUGGCCACUCCUUUCGUCCGUGUGAUCUGUCUUAUGCAUUUCUAUAUAAAUCACUCACGCUGUAGUUGACUGCUCUACUCUUACUGUCUCUUAACAGAGUGUUUAGUUUUUGCAAGAAAGGUUGCUUUAUUAUA